AUGUGUAUUCUUCUGAUUUUCGCUGUUAUCCUGCUAGCGGGAGGUGCGAGCGCUGGUAGCGACUGCCCCUCCGCCUCCAGCCUGUAUCCUUGCACCUGCUCAGAAGGUAGUACUGGCGCGCAGAUCACCUGCGAUGUUAGCUUACUACCUGGAGACGGUUCGCAAGUGUUUGACAUCAUCGCUAGGAUUCCACGACCGACGACGAUCUACGAUUUCACAAUAAAAAACUUUGGCUUUGAGAAGAUACCCGGUAGAGCGUUCGCCGGCUUAACCAUCGAUAGUGUGUAUCUGAUGUACGGAGAAAAGCUUACCACUAUACACGCAGACGCGUUCGCUGGAAUCGGAGGGCUUCGUUCCUUAUACGUAGAGGAGACGGCGUUGUCCGCAAUACCAUGCCAGAUUUUCCCAACUAUGCCAGACUUGGAGCUUCUGUUUAUAAGAUACAGCUCCCUUGAGAAAUUAGACGACGGUUGCUUGAUAGAUGCUAGCAAUCUGUCUCAGCUAGUUUUGGACAAUAACGUGAUUUUCUACAUCUCCCCUCAGGCGCUGCGAGGUCUGAAGAAACUCAAGCUAACCGAUGAUGAGUUGGCGCUUUUGUUUCGUGAGGCUCUACUGGUCACCCUGAGUCUUGACCCAGGAGUCACAGUCCUGGAUCUUGCAAUGAAAGCGCGUUGUUUCUCCAGGAAGAGACUUGAUAUGAGCAAUAAUGCCAUCGAGUAUAUUGCACCGGGAACAUUCAAAGAUAUAGAUGAAAUCGCAGCAAUAAGCCUCCAGAGCAACCAUCUGUACACGGUCUCAGCAGGAACCUAUGCCGGCCUCAAGGAGAUUGGAAUAAUAGACCUUGAAUACAACCGGAUUUCGAGCAUUGCUGCUGGAGCCUUUGAGGGCGCAACGGCAGCAUUCAUAAUUAACAUAUCUAACAACAACCUCGUCACCAUCGCAGCUGACACAUUCAGAGGACUGAGUAGCGUGACCGAAGUUUGGAUUGAUAAUAAUUCGUUAAGCUUCAUCGAACCUGGCAGUUUCCAUGGGAUGCCAAAGAUCUUCAAUAUCGAUUUUCGGAACAACGAGCGCUUGACAUCUAUCGACAAGGACGUGUUUAAUCUGACUGAACUCACAUCACAAUUCGUGAUGUUUAACCUAGAAGGCAAGUUGCAAAUUGGAUUGUCAAUGUGA